UUUUGUGGACUUGUAAAGUGUGGAAAAUGAAAAUAGGGGUGGUUUAAAAUUUGUAAUUUCGCCGCAGUCUGAAGUACCUAUCCCUAUUAUACAAAUCAUAUUAUUACAAUAUUCUAAUAGUAGUUAAGUCAAAAUCAACAAAAAGAUUAAUUUACCUGGAAUCUGUUCAACUAUUGUGAAAGUAUGUCUGAUUCAUCAGAAGAUGAGGAUCUUUCUCGUUUCAAAGAGGCAGUAGAUACAUCAUUUGUGAAACUAAUUGAUGAAUCAAGGCGCAAAACUCCAAAAUGUACUAAAAUAGAUAAACCCCAUUCAGAGAGGUAUUUAGAAGUACCUACAAACUACAAUGAUGUAAGAGUGUCCAAAGAACUGCAAAAAAGUAUAGGUGAUAAAGUAUCAGCAAUCAUCAACAAUCUAGUGGAAUAUGUAGAAAAUGAACACCAAAAUGUUAAAAAACGCAAAAUCAAAGGUGGAAUUAAACUCUUUAAUGAUUCAGAAGAUUUUCUGUCAUGCGAAGAAGCUAAAGAUACUUUCACGGAUGAUCAUAAUAGAAUAUCAAAGGAAAUUAAAAGAAAACAGAAAAAGCGACUUAUUGAUCAAUGUGACAGUAAAUUCAGUGAUAGUGAUAAAAUAAAGGCAGCUGUUGUCACUGGUAGUUAUGUAGCCACUAAAGAAGAAGUACGACAUUGGGAGUCUAGAAGAAAAGAAAAACUAUACACAUACAAAGCAGUUGGGAAAAAUAAAAAUAUAUUGAUAGCUGUACAAAAUGAUAAUAAAUGCCCUAAUUUUAUAAAAUGACAAUAAAUGCCAUACUAUGUAAACACACCUUCAAUAGGUACAAA